UAAUGAAAUUGACUAAGCCAGAAUCUGACUCGGCCACCAACCUUGAAAAGGCCAUUCAAGCCAUUCAUGAGGUAGUGCAAGAAUGUGACCAGAAAGUUCGAAAAAUGAAAGAAAUUGAAGAACUUGUCUGUUUGGAAAUGCUGCUUGAUUUUGGUAACAUUAAGUCCAUUCCUCUGGUCAUAAGUGGCCGUUUCCUGAUGCACAAAGGUCCUUUGAAGCAGCUGAGAAUGACGAGCUCUGUUCACUCAAAAAUUACAUUCACAAAUAUCUACCUCCAUCUCCUCAGCGACAUCUUAAUUAUUUCUUCUAAAAGAGAUGAGCAGUUCAAAGUUCAGGAUCACGCAGAGUUCCCAUCACAGAUUCGCUGUGAGGCCCUAAAGGCUGAGGUCCUAGGUCUCCCUGAAAACUCAUUCCUGCUUCAUCUAUCCAAGAGGUCCACAGGAGAAGCUACAGUUUUAAUACUAGCUACUGACAAAAGGGAUGCCAAGGAGACGUGGAUGAAGGUUUUAUCUUCAAAAAAGUGAUUUAUUUUUUUUUAGAAUUGUUUUGUUCACUUUUUAGAAUUGUUUUGUUCAUUUUAUUCACUUUAUUUAAACACAGGUUCAAAAGUUUAUGAAGCCACUGUUGUAUCUCUAAAACUUCACUUCUAUCACUUAAACAGAAGGAAUUAUGUUUUUACUC